AGCAUUUGACAUGAAGCUGAAGACAAAGUAAAGCAAAUGUGUUCUGUUCAAAGUGUUUUAGCGUAUGUGACACACUCAUCGUUAAAUCCUUACAGUGUGUGUUUUAAUUUGUACAUGUCAUAGUGGCGUCCUCUGAGUGUGAGAAAGAAACAGGCAGAAAUAAAGCCUGUUUUUGGUGUCUGGAUUCACAAGCUUGAUCAUUUGUGAGUGAGCUCUGACCGGAGAUGAAACAGGAGUACCAGGAUCUUGUCCUGCAGGCGUGUGGUGCUUCAUCUCUCCGUGUUGGUGCAAAGAUCCAGACUCUGUGGAGCGGUUAUGGUGAGAUAGUCAGGCUGCACCUGGAGGGCUGCGACCGGGCCUCUGUGGUCGUCAAACAUGUCAAGUUUCCAGAAGAGGCCGAGCAUCCUGGUGGCUGGAACACGGAUCGCUCACACGCACGUAAAGUGAGAUCCUACCAGGUGGAGACGCACUGGUACCAGAACUAUUCCACCAAUCAGAGCUGUCGGAUCCCUGCCUGCCUGGCUGCCUGUUCCCAUGGAGACGAGAUGCUGAUUGUGCUGGAGGAUCUGGAUGGAGUUGGUUAUGAUCAGAGAAGGACCAGCGUGAAGGACAGAGAAAUAAAGGCUUGCCUCAGCUGGCUUGCCCACUUCCAUGCUGUCUUCAUGGGUGUGGCACCAGAGGGCCUGUGGCCUGUUGGCACCUACUGGCACCUGGAGACCCGGCCAGAUGAGUUGGAGGCCAUGGACGACGCCGAGGUCAAAGCAGCCGCAGGAAACAUUGACAGGACACUUAACGAAUGUCACUUCAAGACCAUCGUUCACGGAGACGCCAAGCUAGCCAACUUCUGUUUCUCCCAGACUGGACAGGAUGUGGCAGCGGUGGACUUUCAGUAUGUUGGUGGCGGCUGUGGGAUGAAAGAUGUUGUGUAUUUUUUAGGCAGCUGCAUGGAGGAGAGGGAGUGUGAAAAGAGGGUACCAGGCCUGCUGGACUUCUAUUUCACAGAAUUAAAGCUGUCUGUGAAAAAAGAGGUGGACUUUGCUGCCCUAGAGGAAGAGUGGAGGGAGAUGUUUGCAUUUGCCUGGACGGAUUUUCAUCGUUUUCUGCUGGGAUGGAUGCCUGGACACUGGAAGAUCAACCGCUACAGUAAACAGUUGACCAAAGAGGUCCUGCGCAAACUGAAACUGUAACCGAAAACUUUUGACCUCAGACCACCAGAGAACUGAGGGUUCUGGAAAUCCUGGAAAACUGUCCUAUGACUUCAAUAGCUGAACCUUCUGAUGGGAAAGUAAUUCAAAUCAAUUUCUUGAUUUCUUCUUAUAAUAACCUUUAGUGUUCAGACAAUCAGUUGAUUGACAACAAUUAACUGUUUCAGUCAUUUAUAAAGCUCAUCCUUCUCUAAUCAGAUGAUUUACCAUUUCCUCUUCUUUCCCAGUGUAUUAAAUAUCUUUGGGUUUUUGACUGUUGGUCGGAUUAAUAAACAUUUUAUAGUCUGAACAUGUAUUGAGAAAUCAAAAAACAAAACAAAUCAGCAGAUGACGCAACAGUGGCUGUUACGGUUGGUUGCAAUCCUAUUUUGCUUUACAGUGCAAUAAAAUACCUUUUUGUUUUUGCCAGUAGCAUAGAUCAGUCCAGGUAUUACACUGAAUUAUCUGACUCAUUAGAUUCUGUGUCCUGAUUAGGACCGUCAGCUUUAACUUAUUACUGCAUUCUAUAUGUUUAUCACUUUUAAUCACAAACUGGAUUUUGCUGAAUCAAAAAAGUGGCCCCGCAGUACUUGGAUAGUGUCACAGAUGUUUGUGACUGUAAAAAAAAUCUGUGACCCGACAGAAUGGGCUGCAUUUGUUGAUAACUGCAUAUAUGAGAAAUGUAAAGGAACAAAAGUCUGACCCUGGAGAAGCUCACAAAUUUUGAUAACUGCUUAAUAAUAAUAAUAAUAACAAUAAUGAUGAUGAAAGAAGAGACAUAGAAUGAACAACAUAGAAUGAACAACACAGAACAUAGAAUGCAUAAAUCAAGUAAAAUACAACAAUUGAAAAG